AAUGAAAUAAUGAACAACGACGUCACAGAUUCAGAUCUUGUCAUAAUUUUUUGCAAGAAGAAGAAGUUGAGACAGAUGUUGAAUGUAAACAAUCGCCAGUCGCCACAACGUGCUCAUUGCUGCGUGCUUUGAUUGCCGAGACAACCAAGACUCUCUAGUUAAUGGUGGAGAUUUUAACAUUACCGUGACACAUGACGGAGGAGCCGUAAAUUGUUAGGAGUGUUUUAGAGUAGAAUCAUUGUGCUGUGAUACUAGGCAGGAAAAACCUUCAUUUGUUUGCAAGGUGACAGGAAGGAGCAUUUUAGGAAGCCAGAUUUUUUUUACCAUAAAUCACCAUGGAUGCAGAAGAACCUAAUAAGGAAGUUACUGUUCCAAACAAUCUCCAGAGAAACAAACCAACUUCACUCGUAGUAACACAUUUACCAAAAGAUGCCACCAAAAGAGAAAUCGAAGAUUUCUUUGGAGCAGUUGGUCCAGUUAGAAGAUGUCAUCUUGUGAGAGAUAAAGAUUGGGAAUUCAAGGGCAUGGCAUAUGUGCAAUUUUGCCAUUUCCAAGAUGCAGAAAGAGCACAUUCAUCCCUGAACAGGAAACAGUUCAGAGGUUCAGCCUUAAAAGUCAAAUUUUCCCGAACCCAGAAGAAAGAGAAAAAGGGAGAUAAAAAGAUUAGGAAGAAGAAGGUAGAUGCAGUAAAUGAUGAGCAUUUUGAUGGUGAAAUGAAAGAAAUACAUCAGAAGAAAAGGUCUAAAAAUAGAAAAAAAUUUGAGGUUAACGAUGAAGCCAGAAAUUUGAAGAAAGGUAGACUCAUCUUGAGGAACUUAUCUUUCCAGGUUACAGAGGAGAUAAUAAGAGGUCAUUUCUCCCCGUAUGGCACAAUAAAUGAGAUAAAUAUUGUUCGUAAAGACGGCAAGAAACUAGCUGGGUAUGCAUUCUUACAGUAUGAAACCAAGUUGCAAGCAUUAAAGGCUAUUCAAGAGUGCAAUAUGAAGCCCUUGUUAGGACGGCCGGUUGUAGUUGAUUUAGCUGUUGCCAAAAAGAAGUAUGAAUCACAGACUGUGAAAAUGGAAGAUUCAAAUGACAUAAAGGAAGAGGUCGUUGAAAUUAAACAGGAAUUGGGAGAGGAAAAUGCUGAAAGUGGUGGAAGUUCUUUCAACAAUGGAUAUCCAAAUGUAAAGAUUAAAGAGGAAAAACUAGACGAGGAUGAAGAUAAAGACAGCGGGUUAGAAGAUAAGGAUAACAGUGAGGAAAGUGAUGAUGAAAGUGGUAGUGAUGAUGAUGAUGAUGAUGAAAGUAGUGAAGACGAUGAGAGUGAGGAAGAAGAGGAAGGAAAAGGAAAACCUACAAAACAGCCAAAGACAACAAAUCCCAGUAAAGAUGUAGCAGAGGAAAGGACAGUUUUUAUCAAGAAUCUUUCUUUCGAUGCCUCGCAGGAAGAUAUUGCAAAUGUGCUUUCAGAGUUUGGCGAGCUUAAAUAUGUCCUCCUUUGCAUGGACCCUCUUACAGAACACCCUCGUGGGACAGCCUUUGCCCAGUUCAAGACCAAAGAAAGUGCUUCAGCAUGUUUGGCCGCAACAGAGGAUCCCUUGACGAAAGAGAAGUUUGUAGUUUUAGGUCGUCAAAUGUAUAUUUUUAAAGCUGUCAGCAGAAACACCUUGAUAGAAAAGAAAAACCAAGAAAAUGAGAAGAAAUUUAAAGAUAAGCGUAAUCUUUAUUUAGCCAGGGAAGGAUUCAUUCGUCCUGGAACUCAGGCAGCAAUAGGACUAUCAGAAGGAGACCUGAAGUUUAGACAUAUGCGAGAACAAGUCAAACGUAGGAUGCUGAAGAAUCUGAAUAUUUUCAUCUCCAAAACACGUCUGUGUAUUAACAAUUUACCCGAGAAAUUCACUGAUGGUGACCUCCGGAAGCUAUUCCUGAAACAUGGAGAACCAGGCUGUAAGAUUACUGAGGCUCGAAUCAUGCGAAACCUACGUGAUAUUGGUGAUGAUGGAAAGCCCAAAAGUCGUGGGUAUGGAUUUGUUUCAUUUACAGAACAUGACCAUGCGUUAGCUGCUCUUCGAAAGUUGAACAACAAUCCUGAUAUAUUUACAAAAAAUAAAAGACCAAUCAUUGAAUUUUCCAUGGAAAAUCGGGAAAUUAUUCAAGCUCGUGAGAAAAGGUUAGCAAAAAGCAGAGAGAAAAAUGCUGCCUUUAAUAAAGGAAAGAACAUGAAAAAUUCAGAACUAAAAGGAAAGAAAAGCCAGGAUGUUGAGAACUCAACAGGCAAAGAGGAAUGGACAAAUGACGUGUCUUACAUGGGUUCUAAAUCUGAUCCUUCAGCUGGGGUUAAGAACGCUCUACCAACCAAUAUAGGACCUAAGGUCCGAGAAAACAGAGCCAGUGGUAAAAUCACAAGAAAGCAGCUUAGAAAGCAACGCCUAGACCGACAAAAAGGUCGUAAAAGAUUAAGAGUCUUCGACAACAGAGAAGAGGAGCCAGUUGCCAAGAAGUCAAAAGAGGAUGGGACGACAACAACAAAAACAAAGAAUAAGAGGAAGAAGAAGCCUCUUUCUAAAAAUUUAAAAUCAGAAUUAAGGAAAGAAAAAUCCUUUAAUAACAUGGUUAAUCAGUACAAGCAAAAGAUGUUAGCUGUAAAGAAUGAAACUAGUAGUAGUAAAAAGUGGUAUGAAGAUUAGAUGUAGUUUUGUAUGUGUGCCUUCCUUAUCAAAACCCUACACUUUGCCAAAAGUUCAUAAUAUACAGAGGUGUUAAUCUUGGCUGGUUUUCAUUUAGAGAACCGUAGUUCUCAGGUUCAAAAAGUAUUUGCAAGGCUAAUUUAUCAAAUAGUUUUUCCUUCAGAAUGUUGUGCAGUAAUUUUUCUUGUGAAUUUUACCAAAAUGCAAGAUUAUUUAUUAUUUUUCUACAUUAUUUUCCCUAGUAAUAUAAUAAUUUUUAUCUUAAAGUCAUGGUUAGUCUUGGUUUCUAUUCAGUAGAAUUCACUUGUUUGAAAUGGGAACUCUCUAUGCGGCAAACAACCCGUUUCAUUUACUGUACAUCCAAUAGGCAUGUUAAACCAAGGACUUAUUGUAUAACAAGCAAAAUGUGAUUAAUCCUUGAUGAAAUAUGUAUUAUUUAUGUAUGUAUGCUUUACUUCUUUCCAGUUGAUUUUGGUAUUUAUUUUUGAGAUUUUAUAUUUGGAAGCAUUUUCCAGUAAUGUAACUUUUGGGCUCAAAUAUUGCAUCACUUUUCUUCAGAAAUGUGCAAGUAUUUGUUCAUUCUUAUUGCAUAACUUUUCAAACAUUUUUCCUCUGUCAACCAGUUUCAUUAUGUAUCUUCUUUUGAAUACUUCCCUUUUCCUUAGUAAUUUUAUACUUGAUGGUUCAUAGUGGUUGUGAGUGUAGCUAGCCAGCAUUGGCUGGGGCUGUAUUUAUUCAGGAUUUUAUUUUCAUAGUGACUAAUAUGCCUCAGCUCAUGUGGCAAGAGCUAUCUGGACAGGCUUGCAACUCACUCAUGUCUAAUUUGAAUCUAGACUAUCUAGUGUGUGUUUCUUGGUAGGGACAGAAGUGUUCCCUGCAGCAGACUUGUGAAACAGGUUGUCAAUGUCCAUACAAGCAGAAGUAUUCAUUUGCUCAGAAGAGAAUAUACUGAGACUGAAGGUAAUGAAUUUCAAACUUUGCCUUGUUUCAAGCAUGCAUACCAGAAUUGGACUGCUGAAUGUUCCAGUAAAGGAGCAAGAAUCCUCUUGAGGCAUGAGCCAUGACUGCCUUCACCACAAUCUUGCUCUGCUGUGAUAAGUUUCCUCAGACUGGACCCGACAUCCCUUCUCAAUACUCAUUAAGAAGAGGGCUCUAUUUGUCCAGGUAGCCUCAGCCAUGAUGUCUCCUAUCUGCCUUCCAUCAAAUUUCCUCGUUACUUUGCUUCUACCUGCACUCUCUUGUGUUGACCGGCAGCCACUUCCCGAGUAAUCUUUACAGUGAGAUGUGAACUAUCUGGAGUUUCCCUUCACGUCAAAAUUACAGCAAAUUUUUUUUUUUUUUUUUUUUUGUGAUGUUAUUACUGUUGACUUUACAUUAGUUUGAUGAUCUGUCAAUGUCUCCUCAUCUCCAUGAAUCAUCGGCAUCUUGGAUGAUCCAGCAGUGAGGGAGGGAAGCAAAGCGAACCUCUUGGGAAUCUGGCUGAAAGUUGGCCAUGAACUUUGGUGACUACCUUACAGCUUUUCUGGGAACUACUGCAAAAGAAACAGCAUUUCUUUAACAGAAGAGAAUACCCAGGAAAUCCCAAGAGUAUAACCACAAGGAGAAAACUCAGGAGCAGCACCCCUUAUCAUCAAUCUGAAGACUGAGAAAGGAGAGAGCAGGAGGGCAGAAUGGAUCCACGCACUGCUCUGGACAGUCCUAACAAUUUCUACCUGUAAAAGAAGAGUUUGAGAGUGUCAUUUGAUGUUUCUCUAAUAUACAAGCACACUUAUAUAAAUAAAAAGUGUGUCGUUUAUAUGAACGAUAAUAAUGGUUAUGGAUCUUCAAACUUGAUUUGUUGAAAAAUUCCAUUAAAAGAAAAUAUGUUGCAGAAACUUACAUAAAUUAUUUGUUCAAGUCUU